AUGUUACCCUCACUUAUUCACACCAUACUUCCAUCCUUGUCCUCACGAAAGCGCAUGCGAGAUGCAGUGCGUACAUACGAAUGUUCUACGGACGACCUGUUGCGCGAAAUCCAACGCUUGUUCGAGGCACCACUGGAAUCUACGAAGCUGCUGCAAAUGUCCACGCAAUUACAGGACCAGUUCGCGCCAAAACUCCAAGCUAGUGAUAUUUGCAUGCUGCCCUCUUACAACCACAAACUGCCAACAGGCCUCGAGAAGGGAACUUAUCUGUCACUCGAUGUUGGCGGGUCUACAUUUCGCGUCGCGCUUGUGGAACUCAACGGAAAACGUGCUGGUGUUAAGAAUAUGCGAAUCAUUAACAUGAAAAGUUUCCAGAUUGAUGAGAAGAUUCAUAGAUUACAAGGAAGUGAAUUCUUCGACUGGAUGGCGGCCAGGCUUGAACAGGCACUCUCGGAAUCUGAUGUGCCGUUGUCCAACAAUGGCAAAAGCUUUCCCAUGGGCCUGGCGUGGUCUUUCCCGAUUGAACAAACGUCUACUCGCAGUGGCAAUCUGUUAGACAUGGGCAAAGGUUUCCGCGCAACAGAAGGCCUCCUCGGUCAGGAUCUCAGCGAGCUGAUCAUGGCACCAUGCAGAAGAAGAAACCUCCCAGUCCACAUGGACUCCAUCAUCAACGACUCUUCUGCAACUCUACUAUCACGUGCGUACGAAGAUCCAUCUACGCGCUUCGCAGUCAUUCUCGGAACCGGCUUUAAUAUCUCGGUGCACCUUCCUAUCUCAUCACUUGCAAUCACAAAGUACAAAGGCUAUCCCCAAAAAUGGCUCGACGAAGCCACCCAUGUCCUUGUCAACACCGAAUGCAGCAUGUUUGGUAAGAACAUUUUCCCCACCACGCGAUGGGAUGACCAGCUCAACGAAGCACACGUACGACCGGACUUCCAGCCCUUCGAGCAUAUGAUCAGCGGCCGCUAUCUCGGCGAAAUUGUACGCCUGAUCAUCGUCGAGGCUGUGCGAACAGCGGGCUUGUUCAGCGGCGAGGUGCCAGACAAACUUAGCGAAGCCUACUCCCUGGACACCGGGACCAUCGCGGCCAUGGAGAUGGACAACUCGAAGCACCUCACAAACGCCACGGCAUUCUUCCAGUCGAGACACGCCCUCAGCAAACCGCCAUCCUACAACGACAUCCAAUUCGUCCGCCAGAUCUCACAGCUCGUCACGCACCGCGCCGCAGCCUUCCUCGCCACGGGAAUCCAUGCCCUAUGGUCAUUGCGCACCGCGGCUGAAGGCCUGACGCCGGCUUCUGCGGGACCUAUGAGCAUUGGCUGCAACGGCUCCGUGAUAGAAAAGUACCCCUGCUUCAGGGACCUGUGCCAAUCGCAUCUCGACGAGCUGACAAGCGCAUCUGGCGCGCAAGCAAAGUCCAUAUCGCUCGAAAUCGCCAUUGAGUCGGCUAUCUACGGUGCUGCUGUUGCGGUUUGCUGCCUCGAAGAUCAGCAGCAAUAG